UGCACGUGGACACACACCUGGCCGUGUAAGUGACAGUCUCUAAUCAGAGAUCUUUGGGCCAGAAGUUUGAGCGUUUGGCUCAUCAUGAGAGUGUGAGCAGCAUGAUUGCUGAAGAGUUUUGCUGUGGUUUAUUUAUAGUCUCUGCAUCAGCAUCAGUCACAAUGCUGCGAAUGAAGCCCUUCAGAGAGCGACGCAUGUGACAAGUGAGGAUGGACUACAGCGGUCCAGCGCGCACUAGAUUCAGUCAGACGUGAAUUUCACUCUCUACUGCGCGCGGAUCUGUGGACGAGGCAGCAACAGGAGACUUUACACUGUCAGAAAGAGGCUGAAAGAAAGAAAGAAGAGAAAUAAAGAAAGAAGGAUGCUCUCUUACAGAUGUAGUGUGUAGGUGGGAAACUGUCUGCGGCACAAUUUCCGGGUAUUCUGUCACUGAUUUUCAACUAUUGAUCACGAAGAAAAAGCGCGGCGAUAGGUUGCAAUGUCUGCGCGCGAGUGUGCGUUUUUCAGGAUUAUUCCCACAACACCAUAAGAAGAGAUUUAGAUAGUGGGAAUGUGUGUAGGGCGUUAAUAAACAGGCUACACAUCGACUAGUGAUUCAAGACUUUUUCUAAAAUACAUUCUGAACUGGUAAGCCAUGGCUGUAAGGCCCACCCUCAUCUUCAUUCUCUCUCUGAUUGGCUGCUGCGCUCUUGAGGACCCGCCCAAGCACACAGCCCCGCCCCCUCCUCAUGGGUGUGGCGCUACAGUGGACCUGCCCUACAGAGUUCUGUGCGACCUGGAGUCCGUGUGGGGCGUGGUGCUGGAGGCCAUAGCGUGCGGUGGGACCAUAUCUGCUUUGAUUCUGGCCGUGAUUCUUUUAGCCAAGCUGAAAACGGUAACAGAACCGGAGAAGCGAUGUGGCGUUGGUCCCCUCCUCCUCCUGCUGGCCGGAACGGCUGGUCUCUUCAUCCUAUCGCUGGUGUUCUUGGUGGGGCGUGGCGAGGUGCUCUGCAUGGUGCGCCGUGGGCUGUGGGGGGCGCUGUUCGCGAUGUGUUUUGCAUGUCUGCUGGUGCAGGGAGUGCGACUGAAGAAGCUGGCCGGAGGGAGGCGGAGCCCAGCGGGGAGUUCUCUCGCCGGAUUGGCUUUCGCGCUCACCGUGGUUCAAGGCAUCAUCGCUGGAGAGUGGCUGCUGCUCACGGUGGUCCGCGAGGGACAUGCAGCCUGCGAUUACCUGCCUUUAGACUUUGUGCUGGUGUGUAGCUAUGCUGUAGUGUUGUUGCUGGCUGCCACUGUGUUGUCGUUGGCCGUCGUGUUGUGCGGAGGGAGCAACAGAGAGGAGUCGAGCAGGAAGAGGAUGAAGUGGAGGUGUAACGCCGUCUGGCUUUUCCUCUCAUGUCUCUCUUCGCUUCUCCUUUGGGUCGCCUGGCUCGGUCUCUAUCUCUACGGCAACGCUGGCAUCAUGACCGCGGCAAAGGAUUGGGAUGAGCCGGCAUUAGCGGUUGCCUUGGUGACUGAGGGUUGGGUAUUGUUGUUAUUUCACGCUAUCCCGGAAACACACCUGUGUUUGCGUCCAUCCAGUCAGAGGAACGCAGACACUGGGCAGAACUACUACGACACCCCUCAGCCCCCUGCGGCACAAAGUUACCAUGACGAUGAGCGGCCAACCAAUCCCAGAGCUCCGUUCACAGAGAGUCAGGCGUACACUGUAGAGGAGCACAGUGCAGUUCUGCAGGCUGGAGGUUAUCAUAACGGAUUAAUCCGGCCUGCUCUGCCAUUCCGGAGUCAUGUUUACCAGCCCACUGAGAUGGCACUGCUCAUGAAUGCAGGACCUAUCCCAACCGCCCCUCCAAACUUCACAGGGAGGCAUCUGUGGUGAGAGCGGUUACCAUGGCAAUAAUGUCCUCUUCUACUUCGGGUGGCUUCACAUGGUCAAAAGGCACUUUAUUAAAGUUCCAUGUUAAUAAUUUGGGAAAUGCUCCUCUAAUAAAAUGACAUAAGUUAAA